AUGAGGCUACACCCCGUGGGAGCGCUGCUGCUGCCGCACCGAGCGGCGGAGAGUUGUGAGGUGAUGGAUUACACGAUCCCGGCGGGGGCUCAGGUCUUAGUCAACGUGUGGGCGAUUGGGAGGGAUCCGGCAAUCUGGGGCGAUGAUUCGGCGUCGUUCAGACCGGAGAGAUUUAUUGGGUCGAAGGUGGAUUUCAGAGGUCAGGAUUUCGAGCUGCUCCCGUUUGGCUCUGGGAGGAGGGCCGUUGGCUGCCAGGCAGGUUCCGUUGGUUUUGGCUGCGUUGGUUCGGAGCUUCGAUUGGUGUCUUCCCGGCGGGGAGGAUCCGGCAAAGAUGAAUAUGAGUGA